CAAUUUGUAAUGUCGGGAUGUGUUUCUUGUUUUGAUCUAAAGUAGGUUUUUAUAUCUAUAAUAUUUUAUACAGGCAAUAGUGUUUUUAUAUUAAUUCAAUUGUAAAAUCAAAAUGCCCGAAAUGUCUCUUAAAGAUACAAUUAUUACAUCUAUGAGCGACGCGGUCUGAUCUACUUUUCAGUGUUCGUCCUAUGUUACAUCAUUUUUUGGGCAGUUAAGCCAGCGAUAUUUCUAAAAAAUGCUUCUAGAUGAUUUCGUAUUUGCUCAAGAGCCCUGGCCGGAUAAUGUGAAACUGUUCCAGCCAUAUGAAGUCGAGCAAAUCCUACUACCAGACAAUGCGAGCUGUCUCGCAGUCCAAGCAUUUUUAAAGAUGUGCAAUCUACCAUUCGAAGUAGAGAUGCGGUGGAACGCCGAGUUCAUGUCGCCAUCCGGCCGAGUGCCGUUCAUCAAGUGCGGUGCAUUUGUGGUCUCCGAGCUGGAGCCCAUCGUGCAGUUCGCGGCGAACAAGGGUGUGUCGCUGUGCACUAAACUGACCACGGAGGAGAGGGCUGAAAUGAGAGCGUACAUGAGCUUGAUAACGAACGUCCUUGUCAAUGCCGAGCUCUACAUAUCGUGGAUAGACCAGGAGACCUACAACACGGUGACACGCAUACGCAACUCCUCCGUGUACCCCUGGCCCCUGGGCUGGAUACAGACGAGGUCCAAGAGGAAUAGCGUCAUAAAGCGUCUGAGGGCAUUGCAUUGGUACGAUAAAACACUGGACCAGGUUUUGGCUGAUGUGGAACAGUGCUGCAAUUCGCUCAGUCAACGGCUGGGGGACAAAGAUUAUUUCUUUGGAACACCGACCGAGCUAGACGCUCUCGUGUUUGGCCACGUGUUCACUAUAAUAACGACGCGUCUGCCGUGUCGUAGGCUCGCCGAAACCGUCCGCAGGCACGAGAGCCUCGUCGCGUUGGCGAAACGCAUCGACGAGCAGUACUUCAAGCGCGCAUAGCGGGAGGUUUUCAAGGACAUCUCCAUCGCGUUCCAGAGUCCUUGAAUCCCUGUAGCUGUCUCUUUCCAACAUAGCCUCAACUUGUUGACAUCGGACCUUGUUUGUUGUCUGUGCGCGCGUGAUUUGUUAUCUGUGCUUGUCAGUGUCAGUUGCGUUACGUCAAAGUUGGCGGUUUUCGGUUGUCUCGUAAGAAAAAAACAUAUAAAGAUUGUUUGUUAUAUAUCUCGAGUAGAAAUUUGUUUGUUUGUGAGUUUCAAACGAUUUUGUGACAAAUCUUAUGUUAAUGCAAAGUUUUAAUGAUUAUACUUAUGUGUACAUAGUUCUAGUAUUCCCAUUUUUUAAUCCUAAUUAACUAUUGGCUUGUAUAGAAAUACUUCUCUUAAUAUAAGUGCUUUAGUAAUGCGCACAUUUGUUAAUUAGAACUAUUGAAACAAAAUUUGAAUUUUGGUUGAUCCUAACGUCUAGUAAUAAAUUUAGUGCCAUCAUUUGAUAACAAUUUGUGCAAUCGAGAAAUUCUUUAGAAAAAAAUACUUCUUUUUUCUAUAUCAUUACGCAAAAAGCUUUUAUAUUGUAAAAAGUUAAUGUUUGGUUUCAUUUUAACACGUUUUUAUUAGCUUCGCCUGUAAUUUUGUAUGUAACCGAUUCCUCUACACUUUCGGCCAACUUUAAACGGAGAGAUUUUAAUUCAAACUUUGUUUGUCCUCCGUCACUUAUCGUGGAUCGGUGACAAUUUAUCUCGUGAAAUUAUUGAAUUGUCACCGAUUAUUCUAAAUUAUCAACAAAAACGUUGGUAGGCGUAGUAACGUAGCGUACAGUAGAAAAGUAAAAUAGUAUUUAGUAAUAAGUGAAUCACUAAUACUUAAAAUAAUAAAGUACAAUUGGAAUUCGUGACGUGUGAGAAAAA